AUGCCGGGGAAGCUUCUCUCAGCGUCGCUCUCGUCUCUUUCCGUGACUUCAGCCAUGGCAUCUGAUGCUGCUGCAGCCCCCUCGACCAGCAACACCACCGCCGGCAACAUGAGUACUAAUACCACGACGCCGACCACCACCACAAGCAACAUCAGCAGCACUGGCAGCGGUAUUGCUGCUGCACCAACACCUUCCUCAACCACAACCACCACAACCACAACCACAACGAACCAUCUCUCACCACCACCUCCUUCCUCACCACUACAACUGACAUCCACCACUACAAGUGCAACUAGCACAACAUCACCACCAACAACAACAACAGUGCCCAUCCACCCACCGGCCCCUACACCAACACCCACGCCCCCCACUGCUACGUCCAGCACUACAUCUACAAAUCCCCCACAGCCCGCCAUAGCAGCAGCAGCCCUCGCCCGCGAAGCUAUGACGCCAUCCGCCCUCGCGCUCGACCACGCGGCGCACACCCCACACACCGCCAUCGCCGCGCAGGACCAUGACCGGAACAGCAGCAACGGUGGCGGCGGAGGUGGGGGAGUGCUAGCAGGAGCAGCAGGAGCAGGAGCAGGAGGAGCUAGCAUAGUGGACCCGGCCCUGACGGCCGCCACCACGACCUCGGAGGAGGACACGGGGCUGAUGCGGCAGCAACUGCAGCAGUUGCAGCAGGUGGUCCAACAGCAUACACAGCACGCUAAACAGCAGCAGCAGACGCAGCAUCAAUUACAGCCCGUCGCGGUGGCAGCGGUCGCCGCCGCGGCCGCAAGUGCUGCAGCACCCCCGGCUACGCCGACGCACACGCCAAUGUCGCAGCCGCAGACACCACUGGAUAGUCCUGCGCCGUCGACGAUUGCGAUGAGUACGGCGAGUGGGCAGACGUGCAGUAAUUGCCGCACUACACGUACACCGCUCUGGCGCCGCGCGCCCGACGGCCAGACAAUCUGCAACGCCUGCGGCCUCUACCUGAAGGCGCGGAACCAGGCCCGCCCCACGAACCUCAAGCGCCCACCGCACGGCUCCACCGUCGGCAAUGUACAGUCCUCGCUCGGGGCCACCUACGUCGCCGCCGACCACGUCGUCUCCGGGACGUGUGUCCCGACGGACCCGGCACUGACGAAUGCUCCUUCGCCUCCGCCGGCCCCCCAGCAGCAGCAGCAGGCACCAAUACAACAGCAGCAGCAGCAACAGCAGCAACAACAGCAGCAGCAGCAGCAACAACAGCCGGCCAGGACAGGCUCACCGCCGUCGAAUAAUACAACAGUAGUGGUAGCUUGCCAGAACUGCGGUACAACAAUAACACCGUUAUGGCGCCGAGACGAAAGCGGUCAUACUAUCUGCAAUGCCUGUGGGCUCUACCACAAGCUCCACGGCGUCCAUCGGCCCGAGGCCAUGAAAAAGAGUAUCAUCAAACGGCGGAAACGGGUAGUGGCCCCUGCAAAUGGAAACUUUGCCUCUAGUCCAGCAGCAACAGCACCAGCUCCCGUGCAGCAGGGAGGAGGAGGGUUGGUCGGGAUUGAUAACGCCCAUACGCAACAGCAGCAACAGCAGGCACCGGCUCAAAACACACUUACAGGCCUUAAUAACGGAUCAGACGAUGACACGGAGAUGAUGGACUCUGGCGGGAACGCCCUGAGACAACUACCGCAUCUUGGCCAGCAGCAGCAGCAGCCAAGGCAUUUCCCACCGCCAAUCGACUUUACAACGAGUUUUAGGAGCCCAGCAGCAGCAGCAGCAGCUGCUGAAGGAGGAGGAGGUGGUGGUGGCGGAGGAGGAGGAGGAGGGACGGCGGGAAACGUUAAUAAUGGAGCUCCCGUCGCCCCUUCCAUGAACUCUUCCUCCUCUACUCACCAUCACAAUCAUCAAGACUCCUCUUCACUGACCCCAUUAUCUCCCCAUAACAAUAACAACAACAUCACAGACAGCCCACAGCCCCCCCACAACCAGCGAAAAAGAAGCCUGUCCAUUGCGGAGGCAGAUAACCUUACCUCUGACCAACGACUGCACUCAAUCAACUCCAUCCUCAACCCAAGAAGCCAGUUAAACAUGGGCGACGUGCCAAUUGAACCUAGCCUUCUCGCCCUCGGCGCAGGCACAAUGGCGGAGCUGACGGACGAGCAGAGGAGAGCCAUCCUCCUACAGCGACGCCACGACUUGGAGCGCGAGAGCAAGCGCAUCAAGGAGGAACUCGAGGGCUGCGAACGAGAGCUCCAGAAGCUCGGGGGCGGAGAGAAGAUGAUCAAUGGCAUCAUCGGCAAUGACGAUAACGCCGGGAAUGCCACGGCGGUGUUGGUGUAA